GGACGGCCGCGGCAGGGGGCGAGGCCGCCCGGGGCUGGCGGCGGGGGGCGGCGGGGGCCCGGGGCGGCGGGACGCCGGCGGGGCCCGGCGCAUGGCGGCGGCGGGGAGCAUCACCACGCUGCCCGACGAUGGGGGCAGCGGCGCCGCCUUCCCCCCCGGGCACUUCAAGGACCCCAAGCGGCUCUACUGCAAGAACGGCGGCUUCUUCCUGCGCAUUAACCCCGACGGAAGGGUGGACGGGGUCCGGGAGAAGAGCGAUCCCCAUAUCAAACUGCAACUGCAAGCAGAAGAAAGAGGAGUGGUGUCAAUCAAAGGUGUCAGUGCAAAUCGCUUCCUGGCCAUGAAGGAGGACGGCAGGUUGCUGGCCUUGAAAUGUGCAACAGAAGAAUGUUUCUUUUUUGAGCGUCUGGAAUCCAAUAACUACAACACUUACCGAUCACGGAAAUACUCGGAUUGGUAUGUGGCACUGAAAAGAACUGGACAGUACAAACCUGGACCAAAAACUGGACCUGGACAGAAAGCUAUCCUUUUCCUUCCCAUGUCUGCUAAAAGCUGAUUUCCAGGGUGGAUUCCAGGAUCAUCUGCUGCACUGCACUGCACUAGAAGAGGUCAAGUUUCCUAAGCCACUC